ACCAUCCUCCAGCAUCCAACAUCCAUGCCUUCCGCAAGCAAAGCUGCUGAUAUCGUCACCUACCGUCACGAAGGCGAGAUGGUCUACGUUCAACCUCCCCAAAGUCAUGAGCAAGCAGUGUGUAUUGCGCGAGAAGUGUAUCCACGCUUAGCCUCCGUCGACGCCCGACGCAUCGCUUUCGCUGUAAACGUCAUCAACGGUGUGAACUCACGGACAGUCCGCAUCAGCCCACAUGCGUGGUCAAAGAUGAUGUCCCAUCUCCUUCGCUACGAAGUCAUCGACAUUCAGAUUCAACCCGAGAUCAUCGUGACCGCGCCAGGAGAGUUUCCUCCAGACUACGCGACAGCUCAACAGACAGGGCUCAACAUUGCGGUGGACGCAGCCCCGUGCCGGGUUCACGAAAAACACUGCUGCUCAUCGCAGAGUACAGCGUCGGAGACAGCGGAAAGGCGGCGAUCGAAGUCUCCAUCUAGACUGACCGCAGGACUAUUCUCUUUCUUGAAGUCGGACGCUUAGUGUUCGGAGCCUUAUGCAUAUAUAUUCAAGGGACUUAAACUGAUGCGUGGCAACUACUUAUAAUGCAAAGCUUUAGAGAUCGAUAUGCAACAGACGUGUCUAUAUACCUUCUCUGUAGUUCAUACCACUUCUUCAUUUAAAUUGUACAAUAGCAUUCCUAUAAUUGCUGUAUUAUAGCUUCUUCACUCGUUCUUCACUUCAAUCUGAACGCUUUG